AUUAAAAACAUCUUUAGUUCUAAUUCAACUAUAACAGAAUCAAAGUGUCAAAUUUAAAGAAUUUAGCAAAAAAAUGAACUUUCUGUGGGUCUUAUCACUAGUAUUGGCGAUUAUAUGCGUUCAACAAACAUCAGUAACCUUGGCUGUCACCGAACCUGUCUGUGCCUAUAGGAACUCUCAGGAUGAUACCGUCUUUCUGAAAUAUUUACCCUUGGCCAGACGUGGAGAGGAAUAUGUGGAUUUCGGUACCGAUGGCAAGUGCGUUAAGAAGGCCACUUGCACAGAUACCUUCAGGACCAAAGUGGAUGAAUGCAAACAAUUCCCGGUUACCUGCAGCAAUAAGAGACGCUACGAUGGUGUGUUCCCAGCUUGUUGCGUGAAAUGCUAGAAUUAAGUGUAUAGAGGAGAUGUUCGAAACAAGUCAUUAAUAAAUUGAGAAUUUUGUUAAUAA